UGAUAAACUAUGCUGGUAGAAACAUUUUUAACUGGUUACUUUUCACAAAACAUUAAAACGUAAGGAAUGUUUUUCUUUUCUUUAUAUUGUCGCAAAAAAAGGUUCAUGUAAGAAGACAGAACCCAAGAUGAUGAACUACCUUUUAUAUGUUUCAAUCCUAUAUUUUUUCGUACAAACUUCUCAAAUUGUUGUCUUGGAAGGCGAAGGUGUUUGCAGAAGAGACAGUAAGAAUAUUAUUACUGUUAAUCAGGAAGAAGACAAGUAUACAAAUGAGACUGAGCUGUACUGCUGCGAAGGCUACAUGGAACAUCUCUCCGGAUGUACUCCUGUUUGUGAGUCGGGAAAAUGUGUGGCUCAUAGCAACUACACUUUGAUGAGCAACCAAACCACAAGCAUAAGUGAACCAAAACCCAACCUUCCUCAAACAUGCGACGAAGGAUUCCAUAUAAACAACGGUGCUUGUGAACCAAUUUGUUCUAGACCUUGCAAAAAUGGCUACUGCUCUACCCCCAACAACUGCACUUGUUACGAAGGAUACACCAAGAGUUUUUGGGAUUCCUACAAGUGCAGCCCUGUUUGUAGCCCACCAUGUGUCAAUGGGAUCUGUUCUAUGCCACAGUUCUGUGAGUGUGAAGAAGGCUACUACAAAAAUAAAGUAGUUCCACACAUUUGUGGGCCUUUCUGUUCUCAUGAAUGUAUCAAUGGAUAUUGCUCCUCGCCUGGAAAGUGUACAUGUAAACCAGGUUACAAAAGCACAGAUUACCCUGGCAUAUGUGAACCCAUUUGUUCUAAAAAGUGUGUUAACGGCUAUUGCGACAGGCCAGAAUACUGUGAAUGUUAUUGGGGGUUCCGAAAAGACCCUUUCAUGCUAAACAAAUGCACUCCAUGUAUCAGUAAAGAUUGUGGCGACAGUAAUAGUCCUGUCUGUUCAAAAGAGUGUGUCAACGGAAAAUGUAUAGCUUCUGAAACAUGUGAAUGUUUAGAAGGCUAUCAGUUAGGUCCAGUAAGUCACAUUUGUGUUCCUGUAUGUUCAGAUUGUGAGUACGGAGCUUGUGUAGCACCUGACACUUGUAUUUGCUUCAGAGGAUACACAAACCCAUCAGGGAAUUACUCAACAUGCGUUCCUCGCUGUGAAGAGCCUUGCGUGAAUGCAGAAUGCAUCGGACCUAACGAGUGCUCUUGUUCAAGCGGCUAUGUGAAAGAUGUGCAUAACAAUAAUAUUUGUAGCCCUAAAUGUUCCAAGUGUGUAAAUGGAUACUGUUUGAUGCCGGAGCAGUGCUUGUGCUUUCUUGGAUACGAACCUAAUGAAGAACUUCAGAAUGUUUGUGACCCCUUUUGCUCGGUCGAUUGUAACAAUGGUAUAUGUGUACAGCCUGAUAUUUGUGAGUGCUUCUGGGGAUUCACUUAUGAGAACAUUUCUUCCCAAUGCGUGUAUGCUAGCAAUACUACAGAAGACUUGGACUUUUCUUUUGAAUUUACCUCAAAAAGAUUUUUAUAUUCCUACCAGAUUGACAUAGGUAUAAAUAGAUCGUAUUUUCUACAAAGAAUCUUGAAGAAGCUAAACUCAAAUUAUCUUCUUGUUAUAGUGUGUACUUUUGAAGCAAGUUCAACACUUUUGGAUGAAGAUAAAAAUAAUUUUCUAUGUGAGAUGGAAAAACGGAAUAAAAAUAUCACUGGAAGAAGGGAAAACACAAAAGUAAUCUCAAACAUCACGGGUGAAAUUCAUUUUACAUUUUUUAUUAACUUUACAUUGUUUAUAAAAAAUGAGAAAAUUACUGUUAAUUAUUUAAAUGGUACCAGUUAUGAAAGUGACUCACUUAUGAAUUGGUGCGCCUGUUUUGACAAAAGAAUUUGGACAUUGCAAGUGAAUGACGAAAUAGAAUUUCAUCUUUGUCCCUGCAAUCAAGAUUUAAUUUACUUCAUUCCAGGGUCUGACGAUCUACUACUGGCUUAUGCAUUGCUAGGAACAUUCAUGUUUCUCUUAGUAAUUUCUCCAACACUAAUCUGGAAAACAAGGAGAAAAAGAAGUUUAACGAUAAACAGGAAAGAAGGUGCAAUAAAAAGUAAACUCUCCACAAGUCUAGAAGGUAAAUAA